AUGGACCCAGCAGACAUCUUCCGACAAGGCUUCGGCCAAGUCGCUCCCCGCCAGAAUCCCGUCUUCAUGGGUCACCCUCAACACCAUAUGGUCCAGUUCCAGCAGCAGCCGCCACCUCCGCCAGCUUUCAGGAAACCUGUACAGCAGACCGAAGAAACCUCGGAUGGCGACGGCUCGAGUCACCGCAUUGCCCACACUCUAACUGCUUGCUGCCGUUGCCGACAGAGGAAAACUCGAUGCGAUCCGACUUUGCCCCGCUGUUUGCCGUGUGAAAGAUCCGGAUCGACUUGCGAAUACCUUGAUGCAGCCAAAGGUCGCAAGAUCAACAGGCAUUAUGUUAUUAGGCUACAAGACAAAGUCAGGCAACUCGAGGCGGAGCUUAGCCAAUAUACCGACGACGAAAAUGAGUACCCUACGAGUAAUGAAGAUAUGGUUCGGCCUGGCGGAAUGGUUCGUCUGAAUGGUGGCGAUGAGACCCCUCGAUACCUAGGACCCAGUAGCGGUAUCGCAAUGACUCGUCUUCUUAUGGAGCAAGCGAAAAGAUACACUGAUUCAAAACGCAUCUCAGAUCUCAUCCCCAGUGUCCGCGCCAGACAAGCUCGUAUGCAGUCCAUACAAAUGACGGGGCCUUCGGCAAGGAGAAAGAGUUACCCCAUGAUUAGCCAGCAUCCAGCCGAGAGUUUGCCUACAAGAGCCGUUGCAGAUAAGUUACUGGAGAUCUUUAACCAAAAAGCCCAACUCUUCUGGCCUGUUCUUCACGAAAAGGAUCUUCUACAGGAUCUGGAUGCGGUCUACAAUGGUGACACUGAUCCAUAUCGGCUUUUUAUUGUCAGAAUGCUUGUAGCCAUCAGCUUACAAAAGCUUGACACGCAAUAUGCUGGUUUAGCAGACAGCUACUACUUGGCAGCAAUGCAAUUGUUCGAAGACGUCGUCCGCCCAAAGGAUCUCAAGACAUUGCAAUGUCUUGUGCUUCUUGGAGAAUAUUCGCUUCUCACCCCUACAAGGACGCCGAUCUACUAUGUUAUCGGCCUGGCAGCUAGAAUAUGCCAGCAGGAAGGACUAGCCAGCGAGAAGACUAUUUCUACAGGGUACAACUUGGAUGCCAAAACAAUCGAUAUGAGGAGGCGGAUUAUCUGGACUGUGGCCGCGAUGGAGUAUGGCUUGGCGCACAGUAUGGGCAGGCCCAACAAUUUUGCCACAGGCGACGACCGACUAGACGUCGAAUUCUUCGCAGCAGUCGACGACGACAACAUCACUGACCAGGGCAUCCAGCCAGGCCCUCCCAGCGAGCGCAAGCUUGUUGCUAUUCACUUCUACAGAAUGAGAAUGUGUCAGGCCGAGAUCCGAAGGGCGUUGUAUGAGAAGAAGAAGGAAGAACCAAAGAACGACUCGCACCCUUGGUUUGCAAGGGUUGAGAAGAUGAACAAAGAAUGGCUAGAUGCAUCACCCACAAGCCCCGAUUGGUGCAAGCCCUGGUUCACUGGCAGGUAUCAUCAGAUGAGGAUAUUCAUGUAUAGACCCUCUCCGCAGAUCCCAAAGCCAUCACCUCGCGCCGCGGCGAUUUGUUACGAGAGCGCAGCGUACAUCAUCCAGCUCAAUGCUAAGCAGAUGGGGAGUGGCGCAGAUCUCACAUGGGUUUUCCUUCUGACCGUGAACAUGUCCCUCAACACACUUUUAUGGACUGUUUCGUAUCCAGAGGUGCGUCGAGCGCAUCCCCGCCAUGAGGUUGAAAACCUCGUUCAGACUUCUAUGGAGGUUUUGGAUCGUUGUACAGAAAGAUGGCCUGGGACUGCGUCCGCCUCUCAACUUUACUCCAUUUUCUCGAAAGCUUGUUUACAAGGCUACGAUGAACGCCCAAUGACGGGACAAGCGGCCGGCUUCUUCACCACGCCCCCUUCCUUCGCGGACCCCAACUCGCCCGAAGCCUUCCAGAACCUUCAACAAGUCCAGGCCCCUUAUCAGAACCCACCUCAGUUCAACCAUGUAUUCAACUCCCCACCUGAGGCCAUGAAUGCUUACGCCUUCGAUCCCAACUUCCCUCCACCUCAGCCGAGCUUCAGGUCUAACUCCAUCUUCUUCAACCCUGCGAGCAAUGAACCUACAGGGCGAAGAUUCUCAUACUUCCCACCCGACUUUAUGCAGCCCGGCGAGACCAUGAUGGACGACCCAACACCGCCAGCCACCACGACCCCUGAGCAACAUAUGACAUCGCCUCCGGAUCACAUGUCAGAGCAAUUGCCAACUCCUCCUGACAGCAUUCCGACCGGCAACCUGACAACACCAACCCCUAGCAAUACUUUAUCGCCCUCAAACACCCUGACAGCCCAUCCUACACCUAUUAUGCAGCAUGCCUCGCCAGCUGGAGUUUCUCUGGUGCCCGUGCAGGCGAACGUGUCUCCUCCUAUCAAGAUUGAACAAUCUCAACGUGGGCCCACGUUUGUUGUACCUCAAAACCCACAGGCUGCACCCACCCAAAGGCCUCUACCAACCCCAAGCGGUAUUGGCGAUUGGUUCUCGCCUCCUGCUCCAUUCAUUUCCCCGUACGCUUUCAACAACAUGAGCAACAGUUUUUUCAACGAUUCCAUGGCGAAUCCUGGGAACUAUGGCGAUAUGUCGGGCUCUGGUCUUGGGUUACAGAAUAUCCAAGGCGGGAAUGUCCCUCCCCAGUUUGACUAUGGUUUUGCUAGGCAGGGUAGCCUUACACAGUCUCAGCAGCUUGAGUUGAUGAAUGUGCUUGAGACCGAGGGGAUGGGAGACAUUGAUGCGUUCCUCAACGGAGGGAACAUAUCUAACAGGUGGUAUUAA